AUGAAUGACUGCUACUCCAAGCUGCGCGAGCCGGUGCCGAGGAUCCCGCAAGGCACCAAAGUCAGCCAAGUGGAAAUCAUGCAGCAUGUAAUCGACUAUAUCUUUGACCUGCAGAUCGUGCCAGAGGAACAGGCGAAGAAGCAAGCCGGGAACAAUGAUGCCCUGUGCCAGCCCAAACAAGAAGCGAAUGAGUACCGCAGGCAAAUUCAGAGUCUCACCUGUGAAGUGGGUGCACUUAAAGGAACUAACGAAUCCAUGGAACGUCAGAUGCGUGAGAUGGAGGAGAACUUUAAUCUUGAAGCUGCUAACUACCAAGAUAACAUUGCCCGACUCCAGGAAGUGAUCCAGAACAUGAAGGAAGAAAUGGCUCGCCAUCGGCACGAGUACCAAGACCUGCUGAAUGUAAAGAUGGCUCUUGAUAUUGAGAUUGCCACUUACAGGAAACUGCUGGAGGGAGAAGAGAGCAGAAUCACAAUGCCCUUUCCGACUUUUGCAUCCCUGAACCUGACUUGUCCUGUUCUCAGAUUGGAGACAGCCUCCCACCACUUCUCCCUAACCUCUGGAAGGACCAGACUCAGAUUCCUCACCUCUUGA